AUGUCAACGAUAACCCCCGAUGCGCUUCAGUCGGGACAAGCUCCCGUGAUUCCUUUAUCCUUCAAUGGUAACCAACCGGAGAAGGUUACGCUCUACCCGCUUUCCAACUACACAUUCGGCGUCAAGGAGACUCAGCCCGAGGAGGACCCUUCAGUUAUUGCUCGUCUCAAGCGACUCGAGGAGCACUACACGGAGCACGGCAUGCGCCGUACGUGUGAAGGCAUUCUUGUCUGUCAUGAACACAACCACCCGCAUAUUCUGAUGCUACAAAUCGCCAAUGCCUUCUUUAAGCUCCCCGGCGAUUACCUACGCCCCGAAGAUGACGAAAUUCAAGGUUUCAAGUCGCGACUCGAUGAGAGAUUGGCGCCUGUUGGCCGUUUGGGAGAGGGUGAGGAAGCUGGCGACUGGCAAGUAGGCGACUGCUUAGCCCAGUGGUGGAGGCCCAACUUUGAAACUUUCAUGUAUCCGUUCAUCCCGGCGCAUGUGACGAGACCGAAGGAGUGUAAAAAGCUCUACUUCAUUCAACUGCCCAAGCAAAAGGUUUUGAGCGUCCCUAAGAACAUGAAGCUACUUGCCGUUCCUCUCUUCGAGCUCUACGAUAAUACUGCGCGAUAUGGCCCCCAACUUUCUGCGAUUCCUCAUCUACUGAGCCGAUACAACUUUGAGUUCGUGGAUGAGAAUGGCAAUGUUGUCGCUGCGACUCCGGGCUCCGCCGCACCAGACGGUUACGUGCCGCAUGUAAAAGUACUGGCAGGCGACGACACGGAUAUGAAGGAGGAAAAUGGAACAAGCUGA